ACGAGGCUAAUGUAAUGGCGGAAGUGGUGAUUCAGUACCUGUGAAUUUCAAACUAUUUUCCAUAACUUUAGCUGUAAACAUGAAGAGUAUACAUUGCUUGUUGUGUUUAACAAUUGUUUUGACUUUUUUUAUCGAAGGGAUAAAAAGUCAAGCAUUGCCAGAAGCAGCUUUAGCUAGAUGGUGUGUAACGACAGAAGCUGCAGAACAAAAGUGCAACGAGUUUGUCGAUGCAAUUCAAAUGGUGAUAGGGAAAGGGCAGCUUGCGCAGAAAGUCCGCAGUGUCUAUAAUGGACCAAAAGGUUACGACUUCAGUCAGAUGCCCCAGCUGUCUUGUAUUAGGGCUAACGACGAGUUUGAAUGCAUGAACUUGUUUGACAAGAAUGAAGUGGACCUUAUUACCUUAGAGGCCGGUCAGGGGUACUUUGCUGGACGAUUCCAUUCCAUGAGACCCAUCCUUGCUGAAAAAUAUGAUACAGUUCCUGGAGCGCCGCUGGAUUACUACGCUGUUGCUAUAAAGAAGACAGGAAGUGUGGUGGCAAUCAACAAUUUGCAGAACAAGAAUGCUUGUAUGCCUGGUAUUGGUACGGGUGCUGGCUGGGUAUACCCGAUAUCAUUCAUGUUGAAAGCGAACAUGAUGGAGGUGACGGAAUGUAACGCCAUUGUGAAGACGGUCACCAACUUUUACCAGCAGAUGUGUCUGCCAGGAGCACUUAACUCAUUCUACAAUCAGUUCGGAAACAACCCAGCCAGUGUAUGCGAGCUCUGUCGAGGCUCAGGAGAGGAAAAGUGCACGUCCAGUGACCCCCAUGCAGGCUUUGAUGGGGCCCUCCGGUGCUUGAACAAUGGAGGGGAGGUUGCUUUUGUCAGGCACGAUACCGUCAUGACUAAUGAUCCUGCCAGUGCAGAGAACUACCAGCUCGUGUGCUCAGACCUGACCUCAAGGGGCGUAGAUGAGUUUGAGAGUUGCAACUUUGGCAAAGUUCCCAACGACAUUGUGAUGACUACAGGCCUUAAAUCGGAUGCUGUUGUCAAGAAGCUCAAGGAAUUUCUGAUCCAAACCUCUGACUGGUUUGGAUUUGAUGGACCAUACAAGGCAAACUUCUCCAUGUUCACAUCGACAAGCGUUGACUAUUUGGAGCGUAAAAACGUGAUGUUUAACGAUGCAACCAAGAUGCUAGUAGAUGUCGGGUCGGAGAGGGACAGAUACUACACAUGGAUCAAUGACGAGUUCCGAUCAAACCUUCUCAAUCUGAACAUCUGUCCGAUCGAUGUGGUGCGACUGUGUGUGAUAUCUGACGCGGAGCGCGAGAAGUGUGAACGUAUGGUGGAGGUGUUUCGUGGGAAGGACAUCAAGCCAGAUAUGGACUGUAUACAGACCAGCAGCACCCUCGACUGUAUGAAGCUUCUCUCCACCGGAGACGCUGAUCUCUGCAUGCUGGAUGCUGGCGAUGUAUACAGGGCUGGAAAGCAAUAUAAUCUGGUGCCCAUUGCUGCUGAGGACUACGGAGACAUGACGGGUACAUACAAGGUCGUGGCAGCAGCCAGAAAACGUGACUUGUAUAUGACACUGUUUAAUCUCAAAGACUACCGUGCAUGUCAUGCGGGUAUUGGUCGUGGUGAUGGUUGGAUCAUCCCUCUUAAUAUCUACAUUGAGACUCAGCAGUUCAUCCCGGCACAAUGCACCAUCUUCAACAAUCUGGGUGAGCUGUUUUCCAGGAGCUGCAUUCCUGGUGCCCUGGAUGAGGAAUACAACCCAAGUGGGAAACCAGUCAAUCUGUGCGAGGCAUGUCAGGGUGGAGGAUACAGGAAGUGCAAGCGUAACAGCGACGAGCUCUACUAUGGCGCCACUGGAGCAUUCAGAUGCCUCACUGAAUUGGGUGGAGACAUUGCCUUUGUCCAUCAUCUGACUGUGGGGGACAACACUGAUGGUCGAAACCAGGCAAUCUGGGCUCGUAAUCGCCGCUCGGACGACUACGAACUACUGUGUAAGGAUGGAACGAGAACCAGCAUUGUGAACUGGGCCAACUGUUACCUGGGGGAGGUGCCGGGGGCUGCGCUCAUGACGAGCGGGUUCGUCACGCAGCAACGAAGAGACAUCUACUGGAACAUCUUCAGCUACGGACAACAAUUCUUCUCUUCAGAUAUUGACGGUGACUUUCACAUGUUUGACUCAGGGCUAUUCUACACAGAUCUGAUCUUCACUGAUGAAGCUGUCCGCCUUAUUCCCGUCUCACCGGAGCGUCAGAACUACAAGGACUACUUGGGCUGGGACUUCAUUAACCAGAUCCACAAUCUCGAUGAAUAUCAGUGCGUCCCUGUGCCAGGAAGUUCCUCAAUCUUCCACCCUAGUUACACGCUCAUUUUGGUUGCCAUGGCAAUAUAUUCUUUGUUUUCGUCAUAGUGAUACUCUUGUGACAUAUGUUUACAGCAAUUACUGUUGUGAAUAUUAACAUUUUGUAAAACAAAAAAGAUUUUGGCAAUAUUGAACAGAAUAAUGGAAGAGAAAUUUUGUGGAAAAAUUCUGUGGAGAAUUUUUUGAACAAUUCUCUAUUUGUGUACAAGAAUAUUUGUCCAAACAGUUUGUCUUUCUAUCAUGACACAUUAGGUUACCAGCAGACCAGUAGUUCUUGGACACUUUUUGAGUUCUUUAUUUUGAAGAUAUCUGAAUAACAUUUUCUUUAUAAUAAAUGCCAGCUCAUUUUCUAUUCAUUAAAUGCAAAAUUAACUGGAGUAAAACUGGUUGUAUGGUAAAGAAGUUGGCAUUUUGUUAAUAGUGAUCAAUUUUUGGUAUUUAAUUAAAAAUAAUCCUUAUCUGUUGGAAAUUGUUGGCACAUACAUAUAAGUUUAUUUAAAAUAAGAUGAAAAUCACGACUUUCCAAGAACUACUACUGUCAGAGAAUGUCACGCCUACUGGAAUGUCUUCUGGUGUACACAGUUUAAAAAUGUGAAUUUUACAAUGACUUUUCAUGUGCAUAAAAUGUACAACAUAUCAGUCUCCAUGUGGUUAUAUCAUUCCAGAAUUGUUGUGAUUAUAUAAUGGUGUAUAUACAAAUAUGUAUAUUUAGAAUUAUUUUUAUACUGUACCAUGGAUAAAGUUUUUAAAGUGCUCAUACUUAUAUUGUUAUGCAGUUAAUAACUUUAUUGUUUUGAAUAUUAUUUUAUAACUUAUGUACUUUAAUGUUAUUGAUGUCAACUUUUUAAUACAUGUUUUUACAGGGUGGUUAAUAAUUAAAAAUCAACAAAGGAAAACAUCAGUUUAAAGGUAUAUUUUGAGGAUGUAAGUGAUUCUGGGCACUCUUUUUUUAGGUAAUAGAUAAGGCUUUUAUAACAUUUGUUUCGAAUAUUGUGUGUACUGUUGUUGACUGUAAAGUCGAAUUUGAAUGUUGCAAUACCGGCAAAAAAAACUGUAAAUAUGUAUAUACAUCAUUUGUACAAUUUUCAAAACAUUCCCGAAGUUGAAAUGAUUUUUGUGCAUCAUUUACUACUGAAAAGAAAUUUGGUAUACGAAGGACACAAACUUUUUACAAUGAAAUUUAUGAUGCAACAAUUUUUGUUUAUAUAUUCAGGAAUAAGGAUAAAAGAAACAAGUUCUAGUUGAGCAAUAUAAGAAAAACAACAUUAAAUUAUAGUAUUUAUUAUCCAUAUGCAAUUCCCAUUCAUUUUUGCAUACAAACAACUUUCAGUAACAAAUUAUGCUCCUUAGACCAAAAUCAUGAAGAAUAUUAUAUCAAUUCAUUAGGGCUAUUCCAUUUAAACAUAUAACCCCCCCCCCCCCCGGGGGGGGAAAGCACUUUUUAAUUAUACCACCCCCCUAGAGAAGCCAUUUUACCCUAUUGGGGUCCAAAUCAGCGAAAAAAGACACCCACCCAUAUACUUUUAAAAUAAUUGCUUUCCCCCUGUGUGUGAUAUGUUUUACUUGAAUAGCCCUUAUUUACUUAUUUCACAUUCCUGUAUACAUAUCUUUUACUUUGUACAUAUCAUAUUGAUAAUACAUGUGACAUGUCCUUGAAUUAGAAUAUCAUUUCUCUUCUGUGUAUCCCUUUAUUCAUUAAUCUACAUUUUCUACACUCAUUUUUGUAAAACAAAAUAAAUAUAAAAUACUCUC